AUGCCGACCGAUGACAACAUCAAUGUGCACAACUUCUCCAUUCAUAUGGGCGGCAAGACGCUGUUCAAGGACUCGAACCUGAACCUGAGCCACGGCCGGCGGUACGGCCUGGUCGGGUACAAUGGCACCGGCAAGUCGACGCUGCUGAAUCACAUUGUGGCGCGGGAUGGGCAGUUCCGGGUGCCGCGGCACAUCGACAUUCACAUCGUGCAGCAGGAGGCCCCGGCCAACGAUGUGUCGGCCCUGCAGACCGUCAUCAACAGUGACGAGAUGCGCACGCGCCUGCUGGCCGAGCGUGAUCGCCUGCUGGCCAUCGACGAGCCGACCAUGGAGGAGACCGAGCGCCUGAACAAGGUGUAUGAGCGUCUGAUCUUCAUCGAGGCGGACAGCGCGCUGCCGCGCGGCCCCUGCUGA